AUUCCGGAAACGAAGCGUAAGUUGGUCAGAGUGGCAGAAACACUGCAGUCGAGACAAGUCUCUGCUUUUCUCUCAGAGACGAUUCAAAGUGACGUCAUCAGGUUUUUGUCAACAACACAACGGAGUCUCUUCCAAACACUGAUAUGGCUUCAAACUUUCUGCCAUCUGAAGAUCAGUUCCUGUGCUCCGUCUGUCUGGAUGUGUUCACUGAUCCAGUCACCACACCAUGUGGACACAACUUCUGCAAGAAGUGCAUCAAUGAUUACUGGAAUACCAACAACCAGAACAUGUGUCCAAUGUGUAAAAAGGUUUUCUUCUCAAGACCUGAGCUGCUCGUCAACACCUUCAUCUCUGAGAUGGUUUCUCAGUUCAGACAGUCGGCUCAACAGAAAGCCAGCAGCAGCAGCUCAGAGCAACAAGAGUCCAAACCAGGAGAAGUUCCCUGUGACGUCUGCACUGGAACCAAACUGAAGGCCCUGAAGUCCUGCCUGGUGUGUCUGGCCUCCUACUGUGAGACUCACCUGGAGCCUCAUCUGACAAUGUCAGGCCUGAAGAGACAUCAGCUGAUUAACCCUGUGGAGAACCUGGAAGACAGGAUGUGUACGAAGCACGAUAAACCUCUGGAGCUGUUCUGUAGGACCGACCAGACGUGUGUCUGCAUGCUCUGCACUGUGUUAGACCACAAGAUGCACAAUGUUGUUCCUCUGAAGGAAGAAUAUGAAGGAAAGAAGGUCGAGCUGGAGAAGACAGAGGCUGAACUUCAGGAGAUGAUCCAGAAGAGACGACUGAAGAUUCAGGAGGUCAAACACAAAGUGGAGCUCAGUGAGGAAGAUGCAGACAGAGAGAAAGCAGAAGGUGUUCAGGUCUUCACUGAUCUGAAGGAGUCUGUUGAGAGAAAACUGAACGAGCUCAUCAAUACGAUAGAAGAGAAGCAGAGAACAACAAAGAAACAGGCUGAAGACUCCAUCAGAGAGCUGGAACAGGAAAUCUCUGAGCUGAUGAAGAGAAGCACUGAGGUGGAGAAGCUCUCCCUCUCUGAAGACCACCUCCACCUCCUCCAGAGUGUCCAGGCCAUAAACAUCCACCAUCCACCACCCACCAAGGACUGGUCUGAGGUCAGUGUUCCUCCAGCAUCAUAUGAGGGGACUGUGAGGAGAGCUGUGUCUCAGCUGGAGGAGACUCUCAGUAAAAAGAUGAAGAAGCUGGUUGUUGAAUUUGAGCUGAAGAGGGUCCAGAAGUUUGCAGUGGAUGUGACUCUUGAUCCUCAAACAGCUCAUGCUCACCUCAUCCUGUCUGCUGACGGGAAACAAGUGAAACUUGGUGAUGUGAGGAAGAAUCUCCCAAACAACCCAAAGAGAUUUUCUACUUCUCCUUCAGUCCUAGCAAAGCAGAGUUUCUCUUCAUGGUUGAGAAAUGGAAAUCAGUAUAAAGCUCUUGCUGGAAAGCGAAGCGCUGGCAAGGACUUCCAGAUUCUACUGGCAACACGCACCGCAGUGAAGGUCGCCGAGAGAGCCACUUGGGUUCACGCUUCCCACUGCAACAAGGUCCCUGCUCCUGAGCUCGAUCCAAACGAAGCACCAACACCGAGUGACGGACAGCCACCUGCUGCUUCACCUCCGAGGGAGCACCAGUAG